UGAUUGGCUGAUUGCAAUCUUGGGUUUCGCGCGGUGUUUUAUGGAGUUGUUUUGGGGUGAGCUCGCAUAAGGGAGCAUGGCUGGGCCCUGUGUUCUCCUGCGCGAGCUGCUGGGCCCUCUGCACCCGUAUAAGGGCGACGACGAGGAGGAGGAUUGUGUGCAGGAGGAUGAAGGGGACCUGGAGUCGGAGUUUGUGGACGCCGAGGAACUCUGCAGCGGCGGCAUCAAGGCGGGCAGCCUCCCCGGGCGCAUCCGAGUUUCUAUUCCCGAUGAACAUACUAAAGAGAAAUGUACCGUGUAUGGACGUUUCCCACUCAGAGGUGCGUGGUGGCGGGUGAAGGUCCAGGUAUUAAAACCUGUGCGAUCCAACAGCUACCAAGUCCAAGGAUUUCCGUCAUACUUUUUACAGCCCGACAUAGCGCCACUGGGUCAGAAAAAGCAUGUCUGUUCGCUUUUUCUUAAAGAAUGUGAAUUUGCCCCUGAGCGCAUAGAUACAUUUUUAAAGUGGGUAAAUAAAGUGCCAGGCUAUGAAAGUCUAAACUUUGAAAAUCUCCGGGAAACGUUAAUAAAUUUCUACAGAGAAACUGGAAAGAAGAGUAAACCACGGUCUACACAAAACGAGCAGGAUGUGCUACCAGAUGAUGUGGUGAAAUUAGAAAAAUCAUUCCCAUUUAUAAGUGUAACGACAGCUUUGCAGUUCCCAAAAGUCAUGGAAUUCCUACCGGUGCUUUUCCCUCGACAUUUUAGAAGGCUCCUCACCUCAUGUUCUGAAGGGGUGUUGGAGAAGAUUGAAGAGGUAUUGGGUACACAGCCGUGGAAGCUUGGCUUCAGGAGGAUAACCUACAGACAGCUGAAUCUUCUGCGCUGCGAGGCCAGCUGGACAGCGUUCAGCCAGUGCCCCUCCCUGCUCCGGCUCAUGACGCCACUGCAGAAGCACGCACUGGUCACAUACUCUAAGCUGAGGCAGGCAUGUAGAGAAGACGGGCACACGUGUGUUGAAGCGAAAGGCUUCACUUCAGGGCUGUCAGACUACAUGUCCUUCGAGGAAGCCUGUCAGUCUCUGGCGUUCCUGCGGGACGUUGACGUGGUGACCGUUGAGAAAGACUGCGUCUUCCUUUCUGAGCUGUACGAGGCCGAGCAAGGCAUCGCCUCCUCCAUAUGUGACCUGAUGAACAGACCCCCGUGGCAUUUAAAAGUGGACGUGGAGAACGUUCUGGCGUCCAUUUGCAAAGGAAAGCCCAACGAUUCCGGAAGCACCGAGGAAGCGGAAGGAAAGAAGCCAGAUGAAGUGGGGCUAGCCCAGGGCGAGAGUGUGUUAGGCCCACGGGAAAAUGGUGACCACGUGAGGAGUGAUGGUGACGGUGAAAUGGAUGACGAACUCGAUGACGUCCCACUGGACCAGGAUCAGGUGGCUGCGUUGAACAUGAUUUGUUCCAACGCUGUGACUGUCCUCAGCGGGAAGGGUGGCUGUGGGAAGACCACCAUUGUCAGCCGUCUUUUCAAGCAUGUCAGGUGUUUGGAAGAGAGAGAAGUGCAGCAAGCUUGUGACGAUUUUGAACAAGACCAGGAUGCCCCAGAAGAGUGGCUUGCCUUUGCUAAGCAGAGUCCUGCAGGGGUGGACAAGGCUAUCGAAGUUCUGCUCACAGCGCCUACAGGGAAAGCAGCUGGCUUGUUGAGGCAGAAAACUGAUCUUCCGGCCUACACGCUGUGUCAGGUCAAUUAUAGCUUCUAUUUUUGGCAAAAGAAUGAGGCGGUCAAGCCGUGGAAAUUCUCCGCAGUCCGAGUUCUGGUUGUGGAUGAAGGGAGUUUGGUGUCUGUAGGAAUCUUCAGAUCGGUUUUAAAGUUACUGUGUGAGCACUCCCAACUGUCGAAGCUUAUAAUCCUCGGUGAUAUUAGACAGUUACCUAGUAUUGAACCUGGCAGCGUGCUGAAGGAUGUUUUUGAGACUCUGAAGUCAAGGCAGUGUGCCAUUGAACUGAAGACCAACCACAGGACAGAGUCCCAGCUGAUUGUGGACAAUGCCACAAGAAUCUCCAGACGCCAGUUUCCAGAAUUUGAUGCGGAGCUAAACAUCUGUGACGCUCCCACCUUACCUGUCUCCAUUCAAGAGCAGACAUUUAUUUUUGUGAGACUUCCUGAAGAGGUCGGCAGUUCUCCGUCGCCUAACGGCGAUCACCGAUUUAAUUUAUAUUCUGCAGUUAAAACUUUGCUUCAAGGAAAGGACUUUGAAAGUGCAAAAACAUCACAAUUUAUUGCAUUUAGAAGGCAAGACUGUGACCUCAUCAAUGACUGCUGCUCUAUGCACUACACAGGCCACUUAAUCAAAGACCAUCAGAAGAAACUCAUCUUUGGAGUUGGUGAUAAAAUCUGUUGCACCCGGAAUGCAUACCUCGCAGAUUUACUCCCUGACGAUGACAAACAAGCCAAUGGGAAAGGCUUUGGCGAUGUCCCUGCUGCUGAUGCUAAAAUCAAACAGGAUUUUGAAAGUGGCAUUCGGCUGUGCAACGGGGAAAUAUUUUUCAUAACAGCUGAUGUAACUGUUAUAGAUUUGAAAAGAAGAAGACUUUUGACCAUCAAUAACGAGGCUGGCUUGGAAGUGACUGUGGACUUCAGUAAACUAAUGACAAACUGCCAGAUAAAACACGCCUGGGCGAGGACAAUCCAUACUUUCCAGGGAUCCGAGGAGAACACAGUGGUCUAUGUAGUGGGGAAGGCGGGCCGGCAGCACUGGCAACACGUCUACACCGCAGUGACCAGGGGCCGCUCCAGAGUAUACGUCAUCGCGGAAGAGUCUGAGCUCAGGAGCGCCAUCCGGAAGCGCAGCUUCCCCAGGAAGACACGUUUGAAACACUUCUUGCAGAAGAAGCUCUCCGACAGCGGCAGUGCUUCCCCAACACAUUUCUCAUCCCAGCCUUCAAGCCCUAGAGUUGGAGGAAGACCUGGCAUGCUGCCUCCAGCAUCUCCCCUCUGUAGAACCCCAGACAAGGUAGCUACUACAAACAGCGCCUGGGGCGAAGUGUCUUCAGCCACAAAGGAGAAGUUCGCCAUUGAUGAAAGAUGGCUGUCGACUUCUUUUAACGAUGUGGAUACAGACGAGGAGUCAGCGCAGCCUAAAGGGUCCAAAAGAACUGGCGACGGCUUUUCAUUUGAUGAAGAAAGCCCCAGUAAAUUCCGUAUGGUUGAAGAACCAUCACCACAAGUGUCUUCCAUAUUUCGGAAUCUGAGGUUGAAUAACCUAACUCCCAGACAGCUUUUUAAACCCACUGAGGAUCAAGAAACAACUAAGGCGGAUGUGGUGGGUCACGUCAGUGACCCCAGUGGUCAGGAGGCUGAAACAGGAGGACUGUGAGUUC